AUGGACGGUCCUCACUACCCAUCCAAUGGUAUAAACACGACUUCUUCUGGUCAGACUUAUCCUUCACCAACCGCGAUUUCUCCCAACCAACUUCAAACCGGCUCUCCUCUACCUCAGACUCUGCCACCGCUGCAGCCUCCAACCUCAGCCAUGCAGAACAUGUACGGAAGUCACCCUCAUACGCCGCGAACCCCAGGCACCCCGAACACGCCUGGGUCGGCCUCCAACAUGCCUACCUACCAGCAGCAGACAUCGCAGCCCGCGAACCGCGCUGGUAUUUACUCAAUGGCCCAGAACCAAUACCCUCCUCCCCAGGCCUAUGGCACCUCUGCCAUGAUGCCCCAGGCGACCACUGCCGCGUCUCACCCACAGCCUAUCGCGCCUGCUCCUGCUGGUGGUCGCGGCCCUCCUGUGUUGCGUCCUAUGCCUCCUGGAGGCAUCAUGUCCCAACCUGGUGUCUCGUCGCCUUACGGCCCUGGUUCUCUUAUGCAGCCCACUGCGGUUAUGCCAGAGGGCGAACCUCCCACUCACGUUGUUGGCUCUCAGGGACGACGCGGCAUCCUGCCCAGUGCUCCUGGGCGACCUGCUGCCCCAGCCGCUGGUACUGGCGCCAAGAACACCGUGAUUCCUGUCAAGGACGCAGAUGGCAAAUUCCCUUGUCCUCACUGCACAAAGACUUACCUUCAUGCCAAGCAUCUUAAGCGCCACCUUCUGCGACAUACCGGUGAUCGCCCUUACAUGUGUGUUCUUUGCCGCGAUACCUUCUCUCGAAGUGAUAUCCUGAAGCGCCAUUUCCAAAAGUGCUCUAUCCGCCGUGGCAACCCCACCGGAGCUAGUCACUUGUCGCAUCCUCAGGCUCAUGUUAAGAAGAACCAACAGCAGGCUCAGAAAGCCGCCGGCCUCGCACAUGAGGGUGACCUCAACCAUCUCAAUGGCUUGAGCAACCUGCCCGCAGACAACAUGGUCCACCCAUUUGGCAUGGUCCCAGUCUCGGAUGGCAUGAACAACAUGGCCCAGGAUCAGAGCCAACUCUCUCGAUCCAGCUCGCUUGGUCGUCUCGACAACGGUAACAACGCUGACAGACGGAACAUGAACGGUCAGGUCAUGGGUGCCUCGCAGCCCUAUGGCGCUGACCCCAACAUGAACCAGCAGCAGAUGACUGGCUACAGCAUGCCUCCCGCUCAGAACGGACUGCCCAUGUACGGCGGCUCAAACACAAACCCUCCAUCUGGCCUUGAUUGGUCUCAGAUGUUCCAGGCUGGUGCGCAUCAAACCUACGUCAACACAUCUUUCAAUCCUAAUCUUGGACAGACUCAGAGCGGAAUCAAACCCGAACCUAAUGCCGGGCCCGGAACGACAGGCGCCAGCGCCAGCGACACCCUUUUGUCGAAUAUGGGAAUGCCAUCUCACCAAACCUCAUACAAUCUUCUUUCUGAUCAGAUCCUUAAUUUUUUCUAUCCUCCUAACCAAGCCAUCGAUCCCUCUAGCGCGGGGAUGAAUCUCUACUUCUCGCCUGACAACGUCAAGGACUUCUUGGACAAGUACACUCAUUUCCACAUCCACAUGCCUUUCAUUCAUGUCGCGACGUUCAAGGUCAUGGAGGCGUAUACUGGCUUACUUGCAGGCAUGUGUUGCAUCGGGGCCUGUUACUCAGACAAUGUCACCCCGUCCAAUGUUCGCGAAAUGAUGGAUUUUCUUGUUGUCGCGCUUCAACGCGACUGCAAGAUGAUGUCUAAUGCUGAACCUUUGGCAGGGCAACCGAGUCGCGCAUCUCGGGCUGACAUUGAAGAGCUUCAGGCUGUCUUGCUAACAUGUAUAUUAUUACUUUGGAAUGGAAACCCUCAACAAAGAGAGCGGGCUCGACACAUCUACCCCUUUCUUGCAGCAAACGCCAGGCGAUUGAAUCUUUUCCAGUCGUCGCGGGACCCUGCUCUUUUGUCAGCCCUUCACCAAAUCGAUUUUGACCGGAACACUUUUGAUUUGCAGCAAUGGAACUGGGAUACUUGGGUUGAUCAAGAGCGUCGGAAUCGUCUAAUGUUUGGCGUCUUUCUAAUGGACGUCGCCAUGGGACUUUACUUCAACUCUCAACCAUUGUUCGAUGUUAUGGAAUUUCACCUACCUUUACCUUGCGACGACACUGCUUGGGAUGCGGACAAUGCCGGGGACUGUGCUUCUGCGCUUGGCCUCAAUGGCGAUGUCGCCGCUCGUGAUAAGAAUCCUUAUGGCACUCAGCGACCAAAGCAACCUGAGAUGGACUGGGCUCUCAAGGCUCUUCUGCACCCCUCGUAUCAGAUCCAGCCUGGAAGCACCAACCUUUAUGGAAAGUUUGUUCUUAUCCAUGGCAUAUUAGCUCUGAUUCGGCGGGCCCAGAUUGAGGGCAAUGCGGCUCAGCUGUCCAAAUUUGGAACGCCUCCUCCCAAUGAUUGGAUGACUCCAGCUGGCCACAAUAGUGGACGGGGUACUCCUGUGGAGGGGGCGGCUGCUAACGUUGACCCACAAAGUCUGCAGGCACUUGUUAUCGCUCUGAGCAAGUUCAAGAAUAAUUGGGAUGCGGAUAUGGCCAAUCAGUUUCCGCCAGCAUUGCCGGGAUCUAGCAAUCCUCGGCGGCAUGGUUUCUCGCGAGAUGGCAUACAUUUCUAUUGGCUUUCCAAUUACCUGCUCAAGCACACCCAAGCGGCGGACUUACGGUUGUCGCCGGAUGCUCGCUUUGUCCAAAUUAUCCAAUUAUUGAAAUCGGUGAAGUCGUGGGUGAUGUCAGAUGGCGCGAGCAGAGGAGAAGAAUUAGGAUCUGUUGGAGAGAUUGAUGAUCAGUAUGGAGCAGUGGAUCUCACGUUAGAGAUGGCAAAACUAUUCAAACCACUUCCACAAGUGGUGGAAGACGCUGGCACUGCGUCUGUCAAAACGGAGCUUGACUAA